AUGGAGGCAGCAAAGAAAUUUGUGUUGAGUAGACUCCUUCCAGAGUUAACUGGAAAAUGCUCAAGAUUUUCUUGGGUCAAGCGAUUUAUCGCACUCUUCAUUGCAGUUAUUUUAUCUAAACUCAGUUCUCUUUGUGAAUAUUUGGUGUUCGAUUCUGAUUCUGACAAUGAAGCAGAUGUGGCUGAUAUGACUCCGUGUUCAUCGUCUACAAGAUGGGUUGUCAAGUAUGACAAAGCCCAAUGGCGUGUGACAUAUCCUAGUGAUAUGCCUGCAUUGACUUUUUAUGCUUGUUCAAUCUAUAGAGAUCCUAAUCCAAAAUGUCCUGAAGAUCAAGAAAAAUUGAGCAAGGAUGACGUUUUCCCUGAUACUUUCACAAAGCGUGAAUUGAAAAUUAUUCGUUCACAUUGUCCUUUUGAAAAGUGCAAAUGGUUUGGUACCUACAAAGAUUUGGAAGACCAUUCUCAAGUUUGUGAGCAUGCACUCAUCAGCUGUGUUCACAAUCAGUGUAACAUUCAGUUACCUCGCUCUCUCCUCAAUGAACAUUUGAAGAAUGAAUGUGAAUAUCGAAAUGUAAAAUGUGAAUAUUGUGGUAAAGACGUCCCGUAUGCUUUACUUAAGAAGAAGAUACCAAGGAAAGAUAUUGAACAACAUGAAGAAGCAACUUGUGAUGAAGUGCCGACGAAAUGUGAAUUUAAAGCUAUUGGUUGCAGCUACGUUAAACUGCUGAAACGAAAGGAGAUCCAACAACAUAAGAAUGACAAUUUAAUUGAUCAUGUGAGCUUCCUGUUACGAUAUGUUGUAGCAUUUGUUACACAGUUAAGUAACUAUGUACCACGUCCAGAGUUUACUACUGCUGUUCAAAACAUGGGUGAUCAAGUUACUGUUGUUCGUGCUAAUCUUUCAGAAAAAUUUGUAAUUUUAGUGGGUAAACUUACAGGUCUUGAAAGGAGGAUUGAAAGUUUAGAGAAUCCUUGUAAUAGCAAUAUUAAUAACACCCAUUAUCUAGAUGUUUCCUCGAUGUCUGAAAGGAUAGCGACUCUCGAGAGACAAGUGAAAGAUAAUUCCUCAAAUAUACUACGAUUUCGUGAGAGCUUAGACGAAAUUGACGAAUCACUCGCGAGAAACACGAUAAAGAUUACGGACCUUGAAGCGCAACGUGGCUCGCGUGCACUGGGGUCGAAUCAGGCCAUACACAGCUACAAUGGUACGUUACUUUGGAAAAUAGAUAACUUCAGCAAGAAGAGACAGGACGCCAUUAAUGGUAUCAAAACAGCCUUGUACAGUCCACCAUUCUACAGUUCUAAACAUGGUUACAAGAUGUGUGCUAAGAUCUAUAUGAAUGGUGAUGGUUUUGGAAAGGGAACUCAUUUAUCUUUGUUCUUUGUUGUAAUGAAAGGUGAUUACGAUGCGCUACAAACAUGGCCAUUUAGAAAAAAGAUCACAAUGAUAUUAAUGGAUCAAGGAAAUGGUGAUCACAUGAUUGAUGCUUUUCAUUCGGAUCCCCAAAGUUCUUCAUUUCAGCAACCAAAGUCAGAUAUGAAUAUUGCUUAUGGAUCACCUCUCUUUAUGCCAUUGGAAAUUUUAAAUAAUCGUCGAUACAUUAAAGAUGAUACAUUAUUCAUUAAGCUCAUUGUUGACUGAAAUGGUUACGAUAACUCAAAGAGUUUAGGUUUUUGAUCAUAUUUAAUCUUAAUUCUUAGCUAGACUUCAAUUUACAUUCAGUUAAUUUUUUAAAAUUUAAAAUCAAACUUUUAACUUUUAGGUAGAAUGAUUUAUAAUUUACUUCUUUAGAAAUCAAUUUCGUGUUUUGAUUGGAUGAAGAUCAACGAUAAGCGGAAUUUGAAGAACAUUAUAUGUAUAGACGGAAUAAAAAUAUAAUGGGACAACUAUUUCUAGAUCGUAAAAACCUGGUCAAUAAGUAAGUUUAUAAUUAGAGAAAGUUUGUUGAAUUCCCACUGGCUAACUAAAAGAUACUCACCAAUUAAUAUUCAUGUUAAGCAACAUCAAUUUAUUAAACGAUGUUGUGUUAAGCUAGGAAUAUGUUUAGCUAUUUCUUGUUACUUUUUAUCAGUAUUGUUAAUUAAGCUGAAAACUUUUAUUUCAUUUGAUACUUUUUAACUUAUUGAUGUUAAUAAUAAUUAAAUAAACUUUCUUAUCAUAAA